GCGGGGAGCAAGCGGGGGGCUUUGGGGAGGGGACGCUGUCCGCGGGCGCGCGGAGCGAGGACGGUGACAGCCACGCGCGCACGUGCGCGCCGGCUGCAGCGGGGCCCGGAGACCUCUACCGGCCGCUGAGAGGCGCGCGGGGGCUGGGCCGCUGCCGUCUAGGGGCUGGCCCCCAGCCCUCGCCGCCGUCUCCCACCGAAUCCCCGAGCGGGCGCCGGGCCGUCCCCUCCCCGCCCGUCCCCGCUCGCUUUUACGCCCCCGGUGGCCGUCAGGGCCCGCCCUCGACCUCCUCUCGCCGCUCUCGGGACGGGGGUCCUCGCGGCCCAUGCUGGCCGCGGGGGGCCCGUGCCGCUCAGACAGCUCUCGGGCCGGCCGGCCGGCCACCAUGGUGGCCCUGAGGCCUGGGAGGUGCCUCCAGGGGGGCUAAAGAGACCCAGAGCGCAGGCCGCGGGCGCGAGGGUCCCGGGCUCGAGCCGCGCGCCAUGGCCGGGGCCAUCGCUUCCCGCAUGAGCUUCAGCUCGCUGAAGAGGAAGCAGCCCAAGACGUUCACCGUGCGGAUCGUCACCAUGGACGCCGAGAUGGAGUUUAAUUGCGAGAUGAAGUGGAAAGGGAAGGACCUGUUUGACCUGGUGUGCCGGACGCUGGGGCUUCGGGAAACCUGGUUCUUUGGACUGCAGUACACAAUCAAGGACACCGUGGCCUGGCUCAAGAUGGACAAGAAGGUGCUGGAUCAUGAUGUUUCAAAAGAAGAGCCAGUCACCUUUCACUUCCUGGCUAAAUUUUAUCCUGAGAAUGCUGAGGAGGAGCUGGUUCAAGAGAUCACACAACAUUUAUUCUUCUUGCAGGUGAAGAAGCAGAUUUUAGACGAAAAGAUCUACUGCCCUCCCGAGGCUUCUGUGCUCUUGGCGUCUUACGCGGUCCAGGCCAAGUAUGGUGACUACGACCCCUCAGUCCACAAGCGGGGAUUUCUGGCCCAAGAAGAAUUGCUUCCCAAAAGGGUAAUAAAUCUGUAUCAAAUGACUCCAGAAAUGUGGGAGGAGAGAAUUACAGCUUGGUAUGCAGAGCACCGGGGCCGAGCCAGGGAUGAAGCAGAGAUGGAGUAUCUGAAGAUAGCCCAGGACCUGGAGAUGUACGGUGUGAACUACUUUGCAAUCCGGAACAAAAAGGGCACAGAACUGCUUCUUGGAGUAGAUGCUCUGGGGCUUCACAUCUAUGACCCUGAAAACAGGCUGACCCCCAAGAUCUCCUUCCCAUGGAAUGAAAUCCGAAACAUCUCCUACAGCGACAAGGAGUUUACUAUUAAACCACUGGAUAAGAAAAUUGAUGUCUUCAAAUUUAACUCUUCAAAGCUUCGUGUUAAUAAGCUGAUUCUCCAGCUCUGUAUUGGGAACCAUGACCUUUUUAUGAGGAGGAGGAAGGCCGAUUCUUUGGAAGUUCAGCAGAUGAAGGCCCAGGCCAGGGAGGAGAAGGCCAGGAAGCAGAUGGAGCGACAGCGGCUGGCGCGCGAGAAGCAGAUGCGGGAGGAGGCCGAGCGCACGCGGGACGAGCUGGAGAGGCGGCUGCUGCAGAUGAAGGAGGAGGCGACGAUGGCCAACGAAGCCCUGAUGCGGUCUGAGGAGACGGCGGAUCUGCUGGCGGAGAAGGCCCAGAUCACCGAGGAGGAGGCGAAACUCCUGGCUCAGAAGGCUGCGGAGGCCGAACAGGAAAUGCAGCGCAUCAAGGCCACAGCCAUUCGGACGGAGGAGGAAAAGCGCCUGAUGGAACAGAAGGUUCUGGAGGCUGAGGUGCUAGCGUUGAAGAUGGCUGAGGAGUCAGAGAGAAGGGCCAAGGAGGCCGACCAGCUAAAGCAGGACCUGCAGGAAGCCCGUGAGGCAGAGCGAAGAGCCAAGCAGAAGCUACUGGAAAUCACCACCAAGCCCACGUACCCGCCCAUGAACCCAGUCCCCGCACCGUUGCCUCCUGACAUACCAAGCUUCAACCUCAUUGGUGACAGCCUGUCUUUCGACUUCAAGGAUACUGACAUGAAACGACUUUCCAUGGAGAUCGAGAAAGAAAAAGUGGAGUACAUGGAGAAGAGCAAGCACCUGCAGGAGCAACUCAACGAACUCAAGACAGAGAUCGAGGCCUUGAAGCUCAAGGAGCGAGAAACUGCCUUGGAUAUUCUGCACAACGAGAACUCUGACCGGGGGGGCACCAGCAGCAAGCACAAUACCAUUAAAAAGCCUCAAGCCCAAGGCAGAAGACCUAUCUGCAUUUGAAUCCUCAAAGUAGGUUCUUGCCAGCUCACCUUGCAGAGCGCCAAGUCCCGAGUGGCCUUCUUCGAGGAGCUCUAGCCGGCCCCCGCCGGCCCGACCCACCCUGUCUGCUGCUCCCAGCGCCCGCCGGCGGACUGGCCACACGCCUCCACGGAGCUCUAGAACUUUCCCCAGCUGAACGGAGGGCCCCCGCCCCUACCUUCAUGUGCAAUUGCCCUGGACUCGGAUCCUGCAGCCGUGUUUCUCGUGGGGUUCCAGUUCUCCUGUAUUUGUCUUUCUUCCUCUCGCCCUGCUUCCUGAAGGGCCCCAGGUGGACGGGGGGUCUCAGGAGCUCCCGCUGACCUUCCCCACCCAGGAGGAUUGGUUGCAGGGAGUGAAAUGUACAAAACCCUGGAGCCGCCCUCCCCAGGGUUCCAGAUCAUUCCUUGGCACUAGUGAAGCAUGGGCGUGCCCUGAAGAGCCUUGGCCGAGUGCACCCAGGCCCAGAGCAGCCUGCCCGCCGCCACCCCGAGCUUACCACGCGCAGGACGAGCCAAGCGAUGGGGCCCGGCCCCGGCACCCCACGCCAGCCCAGGCUGUCAGAGCCAGGUGGAGAGUGGCCGAGUGUCCCCGCUUUCUGCUUCAGCCUCCCUAUGGCGGCAGCCUGAGGGACCCCCUAGUGGCCUCGGGCGUGGCGGCUUCUCCACACUCCCAAGCCACGAAGGUGCUUCUGCUGCUGCAGGCCCUUGGCCCAUGGGCCCGUCUCUGUGCCAGUCUGACCCGCUUUCCCUGUCGCCUGUGCUGGCACCGCCCCCCCACCCCCGAAGCCCCUGCUUGUCCUUCCGAGUCCCCUAGGGGAGUCCCCUGUGGUCACUGGGGUCCCUUUGUGCCCUCCCAGUAGGAGCCACACACAGGGGCACCUCCAACAGUGCUCCCCGCCAGAGCCACCCCUUGCGAGGGAGUGAGGGGGAGGGGCCGCUGCCCUGCCUUUCUUUUCUCCUAGCUGGUGACAGUAGUGACCCCCCACCAUCCCACUCAGCUCCUUCCUGAGCUGUUACACACAGUGGGGGUCAGCGAGGAGACGCUCGCCAGUGAGCUCUGAGGGGGCUAUGAGGGGGCCCGGACAGUUCUGACAGCUCCAGGGGGCUGGGGACAGGGCGGGGAGGGCUCCCGUGAUCCGCCUCCAGGACCCGCUGGAGUGGCUCGGCUCUGGGCACUGAGCUUGGUGGCCUGUGACUGAUGAGCCCCCUGUCCCCACAGGCUCUUCCCCCGGAGCCCCCCAGGGAGCUCAGUGCUGGUGUGUCUCCUGUUCUCACCCCCAGCCCCGACCCCUGGCCCCGGGAGCUGCUGUCCUCGCAGUGGGAUGUUUCACCCGUACCAGGGCCGGGCCCCUCCACCAGAAGCACCCCAGGGCCCCUCCCUGGGCUGGGCAGGAGGAGGGGGUGCUAGUCCUCAAGAGGACAGAAGACACGCUUGGUUUUCAGACUCUGCUUGUGGUUGAGGUGACUGUGACAGCGCUGCGUGUGUGUGUGCGUGUGUGUGUGUGUGUGUGUGUGUGUGUGUGUGUGUGUGUGUCUUUUACUGGUGACAAACCCAAGGCCUCUCUGCCUGAGGCAUGUGCUCAGCCACCAAGCUACACCCUCAACUGUGUUUUUAAACAAGCCUGUUUAGGCUGUAGAACCUCUCAAGGACGGACACCCCUCCCCACCCACCCCCUGCGCCCACCCUCAGCGUCACUGGCCCCUGCUUUGGACUGUCCUGUCAGGCCUAAAUCACCAAGCUGAGGUUUCCCAGUGUGGCCAUAGGGUCCCCAAGCUCUGCUCACAACUCCCCAAAACAAAAACAAGGGUUCCUGCGCUGCCCCCUGACCAGCCUGUGUGCCGAAGACGCGCUGCCCGCCUGCCCCCUCGCUCGGGAGUGACUCCGUGUUCUGCAACCUUGGGACAGCUGCUCUCUCGCCCUCAGACCAGCGGCUGACAAGCAGCCCCGGUGACUAAUUUCCUCGGUGACAGGGCUGGGGCCCACAGCCCCUGGAGGGGCGGCCUUGACUGGGUGCCGGCCUCCCCAGUGGCCCUGGGGCCAGGCUGCCUCCCCCCACCGCCCACGUCCAGGAAAACCCCUCCGUUCUCAGGCCUGUCAGGCCACCUUUCUUCCUGGGGACAGACGUGCCUCCCGUCAGGGCCAGACCAUGGAAGGCUAUAUUCUUUUUUUUGUGGGGGGAUUGUGUAAUUUAAGUGAUGGUUUUAAUAAAAAUUCUAAGCCUUA